AAUUAAUUAAUUUCAAUGGAGUACAAUGACAUCUUCCACGAGAUUGGAACAAAAGAUCUGCCGGCCAUGUUUAAUUACAUACUAAAUCAUACAAAGCAAAAAGAUUUAUACUAUAUUGGUCAUUCAAUGGGAGGAACUCUUUUACACGUUCUCUUGUCAUCAAAACCGGAGUACAAUAUGAAAAUAAAAAUGGCUAUUUGUCUGGCUCCAGGCGUUUUGUGGACGAGAAUAUCACCUUUCGUUAACGAAUUUAUAAACAUUUUUUCAACAUUAAAGGAAGUUCUACAGAAACAUGAAAUAUACGAUAUUUUACCCCAAUCUCUAGCGACUGUUACGACAGCACGAUUGUUAUGUAAUGACAAUGCAAUAACUCAAAGUAUUUGUAUCACUGCACUAUUCUUAAUUGGCGGUUCUGAUCCAGUACAACUUAACACUACAACCUUGCCAGAUAUAAUAUCCUAUUUAAUAUCCGGUGCCUCUGUACAAACAGUAGGGCAUUUUUGUCAAAAUAUACGUAUAAAUGAAUUUCGAAUGUAUGAUUAUGGCGUGGCUGAAAAUUAUAAGCGAUACAAACAGAAAAUACCCCCAAAUUAUGAUCUCAACAACAUUACUGCUCCAAUAAUAUUAUUUUACUCAGAAAAUGAUAUGCUUGUUCCCAAAGAGAACUUGCUAGAACUUAGCAAACGCUUACCAAACGUUCUUCUAACUGAGAAAGUUCCAUACGAACUCUUCAAUCACUUCGAUUAUACGUUCGGAGUUGAUGUAAAAACUCUUUUGUACUACCGUAUGUUGGAACUAAUACAAAACUAUAAUACUAAUCAAAAUAAAUCUAUGAAAUAAAUUUAAUCGAGGAAAUUAAAUGUAAAUUAAAUAGA